AUCAGCUUCAAUCACAUUCCAUACUAUUAUAUCAAACAUUCAAUCAAUCCUUUCACAAUUUUCCUCCUGCGCUUCUUUUGACUUCAAGUAUCAUCCUCGACAUGCGUGUUCUCGUUAUCGGCGGCAGUGGACGCACUGGAAAGCUGACCAUUACUGAGCUCAUUAAUAGAGGACACCAAACCACCACCCUCGCUAGAAACCCGUCCGCAAUGGACAACCUUUCGGGUUUGAACGUCAUCAAAGGCACACCCACAGAGCUCGCAGACGUUCGAUCUGCCUUCAACCACGCCAUCCCGGACGCCGUCAUCGUCACACUAAACGCCCCCAGAGCAACAGACAGCCCCUUCGCAGCUCCCGUCUCAGACCCUCGCCUCAUGACAAUCUGCAACGAGAACGUGGCCACGGCGAUGAAAGAGUACGGCGUGCGCAAGGUUGUUAUUCUGCAGGCAUUUGGCGUGGCUGAGUCGUGGUCGAACAUGCCGUGCCUCCUGCGCCUGCUUAUGAGCAAAUCCAAUAUGAUCUACCAAUACAACGACCACAAUGAGACCGACCGCCUUAUUCGGGCCAGUGGAUUGACUUACGUCUUUGUUCGUCCUUCUCGGCUGGUGGAGACCGACGAGGAGAAGGUAACGGUGUGGCCGAAUCAUGGAAAGGGUGUCUCCAUGAUGGCGAGUACUAGUCGGGUGAGCGUUGCGCGGUGGCUGGUCGAUGCAAUGGAGACUGAUAAAUGGGAUUGUAUGGCUCCGGUGAUCACUAAUUGAGCGGAUGCAAUGUCAAGGACUCGGGUGAUGGAGGUGGUGUUGUGGAGUUGUAAAAGGCGCCCGGGUACUCGACGUUCUCCCACACGGCCAAAAAGACCAACAUGGAACUCCUACGGAGUUCCAAUACCCAACCCGCCAUAUAUAGUGCCAUACACAACUGGGAGGAUCUCACCCGCCUGACCGCCAUCGCAGUCCUCAUAGCGCCGGUGACGGGAGUUAUAUAUUGAUUAUUUUUUAAUAUACAUAUAGUCUAG